UUAUUCCACAACAACGAAAGCACUUUUUCACCCUUUCAUAUACUAGGGGAUUUCGCUUGGAAAAGAAAAUGUUCCAUACUAAUGGAUUCGGGUCCAUAACCAUGGGUUCCAAUGCACGAGAUCUUGUAGCACUUACCAAUGAGGCCCUGUCGAUUAGUAUUACACAGAAGAAAUCAAUUAUAGACACUAAUACAAUUAGAUCCGCUUUUCAUAGACAAACUUGGGAUUUGCGAUCCCAGGUAAGAUCGGUUCAGGAUCAUGGGAUCCUUUUCUAUCAGAUCGGAAGGGCUGUAGCACAAAAUGUACUUCUAAGUAAUUGCCCCAUAGAUCCUAUAUCUAUCUAUAUUAAGAAGAAAUCAUGUAACGAAGGGGAUUCCUAUUUGUACAAAUGGUACUUCGAACUUGGAACUAGCAUGAAGAAAUUAACGAUACUUCUUUAUCUUUUGAGUUGUUCCGCCGGAUCGGUCGCUCAAGAUCUUUGGUCUCUACCCGGACCCGAUGAAAGAAAUGGGAUCACUUCUUAUGGACUCGUUGAGAAUGAUUCUGAUCUAGUUCAUGGCCUAUUACAAGUAGAAGGCGCUCUGGUGGGAUCCUCGCGGACAGAAAAAGAUUGCAGUCAGUUUGAUAAUGAUCGAGUGACAUUGCUUCUUCGGCCCGAACCAAGGAAUCCCUUAGAUAUGAUGCAAAACGGAUCUUGUUCUAUCCUUGAUCAGAGAUUUCUCUAUGAAAAAAACGAAUCGGAGUUUGAAGAAGGGGAAGGGGCUCUCGACCCGCAACAGAUAGAGGAGGAUUUAUUUAAUCACAUAGUUUGGGCUCCUAGAAUAUGGCACCCUUGGGGCAUUCUAUUUGAUUGUAUCGAAAGGCCCAAUGAAUUGGGAUUUCCCUAUUGGUCCAGGUCAUUUCGGGGCAAGCGGAUCCUUUAUGAUGAAGAGGAUGAGCUUCAAGAGAAUGAUUCGGAGUUCUUGCAGAGUGGAACCAUGCAGUACCAGACACGAGAUAGAUCUUCCAAAGAACAAGGCUUUUUUCGAAUAAGCCAAUUCAUUUGGGACCCUGCAGAUCCACUCUUUGUCCUAUUCAAAGAUCAGUCCUCUGUCUCUGUGUUUUCACAUCGAGAAUUAUUUGCAGAUGAAGAGAUGUCAAAGGGGCUUCUUACUUCCCAAACAGAUCCUCCUACAUCUAUAUAUAAACGCUGGUUUAUCAAGAAGACGCAAGAAAAGCACUUUGAAUUGUUGAUUAAUCGCCAGAGAUGGUUUAGAACCACUAGUUCAUUAUCUAAUGGAUCUUUCCGUUCUAAUACUCUAUCCGAGAGUUAUCAGUAUUUAUCAAAUCUAUUCCUAUCUAACGGAACUCUAUUGGAUCAAAUGACAAAGACAUUAUUGAGAAAAAGAUGGCUUUUCCCGGAUGAAAUGAAAAUUGGAUUCAUGGAACAGGAGAAAGAUUUCCCAUUCCUUAGCCGGAAAGUUAUGUGGCCAUGAAAGGGGGGAUUAAGUGGAACAGAAUUUACUGGGUGGUAGAGUCGCGGAAACGCUUGUUUCUUCCAUAUUUUGGACCUUAGCUCCCUGGAACAAUAGGCUACUGCUGAAACACGGAAGAAUUGAAAUAUUAGAUCAAAACACUCUGUAUGGAUGGUAUGAACUGCCUAAACAAGAAUUCUUGAACAGCGAACAACCAGUUCAUAUAUUCACGACCAAGAAAAAAAGUACUGGAUUUUCUUUCGGAUAGGCCCUGAAAGCGAAGGAAGGCUGGAAUGCCAACAGGCGUCUAUUAUUGAAUUCACCCGACCCGAUAGUACCCAUUUUGGGAACGUCCAGUGCCAAAAGUCACUGAAUGGGUAAAUCGCCAAUCCCCCCAUUCUAUAUAUAAACGCUGGUUCAUUAGAUAGAGAAGAUCACCAAGAUUUAGUGACAAGAUUUAGUGAUCUGCUGCCGAACUUAUUCAAAUUCCAAGAGCUCGGAUCGGAAUCGGUAUAUCAAUACCGAUUCGAUCCGAGCUCCCUUAUUGAAUUGCCCAUUCAAUGAGCAUUCUCAAUAUUAUGCCUUGAAGAGGACUCGAACCUCCACGCUCUUUAGCACGAGAUUUUGAGUCUCGCGUGUCUACCAUUUCACCACCAAGGCAUCUUGAAAGUGAAUCGUAUUCCAUGAAUAUGAUAUCUAUCUAGUGUGAUGUAUGGAAUAUAUGACAAAGGUGGAGUAUUUCUAUUGAUCGGUCGUGUUAUAUAGGCCCGAGUUGGACAUCCAAUUGCUUCGAUUUGAAUUAUCCGUACAAUGCCUUUGUAUAUAGAUAUCCAAUCUAUCAAAAAGAUGGACACAAUCAAACCCAUUUCUCGAUUCAAUAGAAGCCCAAAGAGGUGAAUGGGUUCCAAAUAACGAGAGAUAUGUAAAAAGCAGGUCCGAUUACUACGCCUAUUCCUAAUCCUAAAUGUAAUGUAAUGACGUAGGGAUCCAUAUGUAAACAGAGUAUCUAUUUAGAUACGAUCAAAUGACCCCUUCUCAUAAUGAGAAUGUAUAUAACCCUAUUCCGGUCUGGUCCGGUAUGGAAUGAACUUAUAAUCAUGGAAUCGACUCGAUCAUCAGAUUAUAGAUUAUAAGUUCAUAACCCUAGCCCAUUCCCAUUUUGGGCGGAACAGAUCUACUAAUUCUUUGAUUCCAGUUAGUAAGAGGGAGCUUGAACUAAGAAAUAGACCCUAGAAGCUAAAAAAGGGUAUCCUGAGCAAUUGCAAUAAUCGGGUUCAUUGAUAUUCCUGGUAUAGUAGAUGCUAUCACACAUACAAUCAUACUCAAUUCGAUGGAAUUGUUUGAUCUGAAAGGAGAUCUUCUAUAAUUUCGCACGUGAGGGGUUAUUUCUUGGGUUCGUCCAGUCAUUAAUAA